AUGGGCUCCUACUCAACAACCCAUAUGCGUUUGCUUUCUUUCACCAAACUCAUAUCUUCACACAUCAACCAAGCUAGGCAUGACCAAGCCCUUGCUGUUUUCCACCACAUGCAAUCUUCACUUGCCAUGUCCCUUGACCCUCAUGUCUUCUCCCUCAUCCUCAAGUCCUGCACUGCCAUCAACCGUCCUCAACUUGGCACUUCCAUUCAUGCCCAUGUCUCAAAAUCUUCCUUUCUAUCAAACCCAUUUGUUGCAAGUGCCCUCGUUGACUUAUAUGGGAAAUGCAUCUCAGUUUCCUCUGCACGCCAACUGUUUGAUGAAAUUACUGAAAGAAAUGUUGUUGUGUGGAAUGCAAUGAUAUCCCUUUAUGCACAUUCCCAUGAGGUUGCAAGCGCCUUGCAGCUCUUCCAAGUCAUGGAUACCAUGCCCAACGAAUCUACUUUCAAUUCAGUUAUUGCUGGUUUGGCUGGAUUGGAUGAUGGGUCGUUUAAGGCUAUAGCAUUCUAUCGAAAAAUGCUUGAACUUGGAUUGAAGCCCCGUUUGAUAACACUACUUGCUUUGCUUCCUGCUUCUGUUGGAGUAGCAGCUCUGAAUUUGAUUAAGGAGAUUCAUGGUUAUGCAAUGAGGAAUGGCAUUGACACACAUCCACAAUUGAGUAGUGGUCUAGUGGAGGCGUAUGGGCGAUGCGGUUGCCUCAUACAUUCACAUACUGUUUUUUGGAGGAUGAAGGAAAAAGAUGUAGUUGCUUGGAGCAGCUUAAUAUCUGCAUAUGCACUUCAUGGGGAGGCAAGGACUGCAUUAGAAAUUUUCCGGCAAAUGGAAUUGGCAGAAGUGCGGCCUGAUGGGAUCACUUUUCUUGGAGUGUUGAAAGCCUGUAGCCAUGCUGGAUUAGCUGAUGAAGCUUUGUAUUAUUUUACGAGAAUGCACAAAGGUUAUGGUGUUGAACCAAAUAGUGACCAUUAUUCAUGUUUAGUGGAUGUUCUAAGCAGGGCAGGAAGGUUGCAUGAAGCAUAUGAGGUUAUAAAAGAGAUGCCAGUGAAAGUUACUGCCAAAGCAUGGGGUGCUCUUCUCGGGGCUUGCCGGAAUUUUGGAGAGUUGAAGUUGGCAGAGAUUGCGGGGAGAGCUUUAUCAGAGGUUGAGCCUGAUAAUGCAGCAAAUUAUGUUCUGUUGGCAAAAAUGUAUGCUAGUGUUGGGAGACAGGAGGAAGCCGAGAAAAUUAGAGGGGAAAUGAAAGAGCGGGGAGUAAAGGCAACAACGGGAAGUAGCUGGGUGGUAUAUUCAGAGUCAUGA